AUGGAUGAAAUUGCACGAUAUGAACUGUGUUUCAAUAAAAGUAAUAUGCAUGAUAAAAUGAAAGGAAGAAACAGAGGACAUAAGGCUAGAAGAAAAAUAAGGCUAGCAGUUGCCAUGGAUGAGAGGCCAGACAGUCACUAUGAACAAGACCGUAGUACACUUAAAAAAAGAGAAUGGGAACGAAGGAGUCAAGAAGUUCAACAAGAAGAAGAUCUCUUUUCUUCAGGCUUUGAUCUUUUUGGGGAGCCCUACAAGACAAACAAAGGGGAUGCUCUUGCCAACCGAGUCCAGAAUACUCUUGGAAGUUAUGAUGAAAUGAAGGAUCUGCUAUCUAACCAUUCCAGCCAGAACCAUCUGGUGGGCAUCCCAAAGAAUUCUGCGCCCCAAACACCCAGCACCAAAAGUGAAGCAAGUUUUUAUCCAGAACAAAAGAAUAGAAUGAUCCCAUCUCACCAGGAGAAUACCCACUCCUCAACACCGAUGCCUCCACCUUCAGUCGUGAUACUGAAUUCCACUCUAAUACAUAGCAACAGAAAAUCAAAAUCUGAAUGGCCACGAGAUAGUCACAACACUAGCCCUGCACAAGCAAGCCAGACCAACAGUCAACCAAACAAGUUGCAGACAUCUCCACAAGACCCACCUCAAACCCGUCUGGAAGACUUCUUUGUCUACCCAGCUGAGCAACCCCAAAUUGGUACAGUUGAAAAAUCUAACCCAUCUACAAAGGAAGAUAAUAACCCUAAUUCGGGUGGAGAAGAUGCUUUCAAGGAAAUUUUUCAGUCUAAUUCACCAGAAGAAUCUGAAUUUACAGUGCAAGCACCUGGGUCUCCCCUAGUUGCCUCAUCUUUAUUAGCUCCCAGCAGUGGCCUUUCAAUCCCAACAUUCCCACCAGGGCUUUACUGCAAAACAAAUAUGGGACAACAAAAACCAACUGCAUAUGUAAGGCCCAUGGAUGGGCAGGACCAGGCAACUGACAUCUCUCCAACACUGAAGCCUUCCAUUGAAUUUGAGAACAGUUUUGGAAACCUCUCCUUUGGAUCGCUGUUGGAUGGAAAACCUAGUGCAGCCAGUUCAAAGACUAAACUGCCAAAGUUCACAAUCCUGCAAACAAGUGAAGUAAGCCUUCCAAGCGAUCCGAGCUGUGUUGAGGAGAUCUUGAGGGAAUCUCAGCAUCUGACUCAAGGAUUUACCUUACAAAAGUGGAGUGACCCAAGCAGCAGAGCUUCCACAAAGUCAGUACCACUCAAGUCGAUGCUUGAGGACGACUUGAAGCUGAGCAGUGAUGAAGAUGACCUUGAGCCUGUGAAGACCUUGACCACACAGUGCACAGUCAAUGAGCUUUACCAGGCUGUUGAAAAGGCAAAACCUAAGAAUAAUCCUGUAAACUCACUCUUGGCCACACCACAGCCUACACCUGCAGCACAGGCUAAUGUGGGGUCUGGCAGCUCCAGUGAGUCAGAGAGUAGCUCAGAAUCAGACUCAGACACUGAAAGUAGCACCACUGACAGCGAAUCCAAUGAGGCUCCUAGAGUGGCUACUCCAGAGCCUGAGCCACCCUCAACCAACAAAUGGCAGCUAGACAAAUGGCUGAACAAAGUCACAUCCCAGAACAAGUCAUUUAUUUGUGGCCAAAAUGAGACGCCCGCAGAGACCAUUUCUCUGCCUCCUCCAAUAAUACAACCAGUGGAGGUCCAGGUCAAAGUGAAACCAAACCCUACCCAGGCUGUGGCUGUACCCAAAGAAAGGCCUCUCCUUACUCUUAUUAGGGAGAAAGCUCGACCAAGGCCCACGCAGAAAACCCCAGAAACAAAGGCCUUGAAGCAUAAGUUGUCAACAUCAGUUGACACAGUUUCUCAAAGAACAAUUGGAAAGAAACAGCCCAAAAAAGUUGAGAAAAACACCAGCUUUGAGGAGUUUACCUGGCCCAAACCAAAUAUUACCAGCAGCACUCCCAAAGAGAAAGAAAGUGUGGAGCUUCCUGACCCACCACGAAGCCGCAACAAAGCUACUGCCCACAAACCAGUGCCUAGGAAAGAGCCAAGGCCUCAUGUUCCUCUGACCACUGAGAAGAAGAAGUAUAGAGGGCCUGGAAAAAUUGUCCCCAAGUCCCGGGAAUUUAUUGAAACAGAUUCAUCUACAUCUGACUCCAAUACAGACCAGGAAGAGACCCUGCAGAUCAAAGUACUGCCACCUUGCAUUGCUCCUGGAGGUAAUACUUCUAAAUCCAAGGAGACUUCUAAUGCCAGCCUGACACUUAGCACCUUGGCCAAUAGCAACAGCAACAACUUAUCCACCAGGAGUGAGGAGACAGCUGUUUCACCACCUCCUGCCAUGCAAACUGAGAUUUUGUCCCCUCUACGGGAUCAUGAAAACCCAAAAAACCUCUGGGUGAAGAUUGACCUUGACUUACUUUCUAGAGUACCUGGCCAACAUUCAGUCCCAGCAGCACCUGCAAAGACAGACCACAAGGAGACUGCCUCUAAACCCAAGCGUCAAACUGCUGCCGCAGCUGUGGAAAAACCAGCCCCUAAGGGCAAGCGCAAGCACAAGCCAGCAGAAGCUGCAGAGAAAAUCCCUGAGAAGAAGCAACGCCUGGAGGACAACACUACUCUCUGCCUGCUUCCUCCUUGCAUCUCACCAGCCCCGCCCCACAAGCCUCCCAGCACUAGAGAAAAUUCAUCCAGGAGAGCAAACAGGAAAAAAGAAGAAAAGCUGUUCCCUCCUGCACUUUCCCCACUGGCCGAGGACCCUCCACGUCGUAGAAAUGUCAGUGGCAAUAAUGGGCUCUUCGGUCAGGACAAAAACAUUUCCAUGGCUGGACAAAUCACCUCUACCAAACCUAAAAGAAGUGAAGGCAAAUUCUGUGCUACUUUCAAAGGGAUAGCCAUAAAUGAGGGAGAUGCUCCCAAAAAGGCUGCCUCUGCCACCAUUACUGUCGCCAAUAUGGCUAUUGCCACUGCUACUGCCACUGCCACUGCUCCUGCCAUUGUCACUGCCACUGUCACAGCUACUGCCACCACCACUGCUACAGCUACCACCACAACCACCACCACUACUAUUUCUAGCAUCACCCCUACAAUCACUUCUGGCCUUAUGGAUAGCAGUCACCUGGAGAUGGCAUCCUGGGCAGCCCUGCCCCUCCUGUCCAGCAGUAGCACCAAUGUCCGGAGACCCAAACUCACAUUUGAUGACUCUGUUCACAAUGCUGAUUUUUACAUGCAAGAGGCUAAGAAGCUGAAACACAAAGCUGAUGCACUGUUUGAGAAAUUUGGCAAAGCUGUGAAUUAUGCAGAUGCAGCCUUGUCCUUCACCGAAUGUGGCAAUGCCAUGGAACGUGAUCCUCUGGAAGCAAAGUCCCCAUAUACCAUGUAUUCUGAGACUGUGGAGCUUCUCAGGUAUGCAAUGAGACUGAAGAACUUUGCAAGCCCCUUGGCUUCUGAUGGGGAUAAAAAGCUAGCAGUAUUAUGCUACCGGUGCUUGUCACUUCUCUAUUUGAGGAUGUUUAAACUGAAGAAGGAUCAUGCUAUGAAGUACUCCAGAUCACUGAUGGAAUAUUUUAAGCAAAAUGCUUCAAAAGUUGCUCAGAUACCAUCUCCUUGGGUAGGCAAUGGAAAGAAUACUCCAUCCCCAGUGUCUCUCAACAAUGUCUCACCCAUCAACUCCAUGGGGAAUUGUAACAAUGGCCCUGUCACCAUUCCCCAGCGCAUCCAUCACAUGGCUGCUAGCCAUGUGAAUAUUACCAGUAAUGUGCUUCGGGGCUAUGAACACUGGGAUAUGGCUGACAAACUGACAAGAGACAAUAAAGAAUUCUUUGGAGAUCUGGAUACACUGAUGGGGCCUCUGACCCAGCACAGCAGCAUGACCAAUCUUGUCCGCUAUGUUCGCCAGGGACUGUGUUGGCUGCGCAUCGAUGCUCAUUUGUUGUAGUGGGCACUCUGCCAUCUCUUGCAUCAGCACUCAUCCUUUACCAGUGCUUUGAUGGUCACUGGUGGAACUCCACUCAUUUGGGAAAGUUCUCUUUCAUUAUGUUUGUUUUUAUGCAUUUUUGAUAUCUGUGAAAAACUGAAGUCAUUGUAAGUGGACACUACAACUUGAGAGAAGUGUAUGUUUUAUUUUUUAAUAUUUGAUAUGCAUUUCUCAUAUCUCCUUAUUUUUGUGCUUUAUGGAAUGAAAAUCCCUACAAUAUUGAGUUAAGUCCACAUGAUUCAAAACAAAGAAUGAGAAGCACAUGUGAUGAUGACAGGUCCCUGAGAACUCAAAGAAGCAUCUAACAUGCAUCUGAACAAGGGACCUGCAGAGACCUCCACAGUAGCCAUUCCCCAAACUAGACUCUUGGGUCCAGAAAAAGUUAUAUCUCAGAAUCCACUGUUAAACAAUUUCUGUGGUUCCCACAGACUAAAUCUUCAGAUGAGAACUUCCAUUGUCAGACCCACAGAUUUGAUGUUCUAACCACACAAUAAAAUCAAGGGUAGCAAGCAAAACACAAGCCUAAGUAUUCUACUCUUGAAAUGACACACCACCAGACUCUUUUGUUAACAUCCUGUUCCUGUUUCCUAUACUUUUCUAAUAAUUUAUGGUAAGGAGGAAGAAAAAUACUUAAUUCAAUAAUGUUAUAACAUCAUCUGGCAUAAACAGUUUAAAACUUAAUUCCUUACCUGAGAUUGUCUUUGCACAAAAGUAUCCGUUACAAGAUGCACAUCUUUGUCAUCAAAAUUUCAAACUUAUCUUAGACUUGAGAAACCAGACUGGACUGAAAGCUGUCCUCCCAGAAACCCAUGCCCUGGCCUUAUUUUCAGCCAGUAGGCAAAUCCAUAACUUCAUGUAUUUUGAUAGAUGUGCAUAUAAAAUCUGUAGAAUCAAAAGUCAAGUUAUCACUUCUUAAAAUUUAUUUCCUAGUUUCCUCACUAUCUGGACUUUCCAAAUAUUAUCCACAUUUUCUAUUUUUUAGAUAUUUUUCUUUCAGCUUUCCUCUUUUAUUUCUUUCAAAAGAUCUUGGCUAAAAUACAGUCAUUAGGUUUUUUUUUGUUGUUGUUGUUGUUAAAGUUUAUAUUAGUGUAAGUCAUUUACAUGAAAAUUCCAAAGAAAACACUAAACUCUGUAAGUAAUACCUUAAUUUUUUUUUAUAUACAAUGAAAAUCUUAGGUAGUGCUCCACCCUAGGAUCCUUUGAAAGAUUCUUGAUGUCUGGGAACAGUUCACCUAAUUUGCAAUAUCUCCUUAUGAGUUAUGACUAUCUCUCCUUUUGAUCCUCUACAUUCAUCUUAUAUCCCUAAAAAUCACCCUGUAAAUAUCAUUUUCAGUGUUCAAGCUCACCAGAAAAAUUCUCCAGCUAUAGUAAACACUAUGCAUCCAUUAGUUACUUGUAAUUGCCUGCUGGCAUAUAAUUCUGUAUAACCUUUAAUCUGCUGAGUUAUUGAAUUCUAUUCACUGAGCUAAGACCAGAUAAAUAAUAGAUAUGUACAUGAAAAUUGCAAACUUGUAUGAUUUCUAAAGCAAGUCAUGCAAGUCUGUGACAAAAACUUCAGGCAAUCACUCUGUGUUCUCAUUGUAAAAGUUAGGUACUUCCCUAGUUGCAAAAGAGCAGAUUUGAGUUCUGCUCUUAUCACAUUUGAGUUUAAAGCUAUUUGUGGUAUAAUAAAAUUGUGAAAGUUCCAUUCCAAUGGCUAAAGCCAUGCUGUUUCUACAGCUGAUGGGUGUACCCCAACAGCUGAAGCCCGCACUUUUUAUGCUCCCAAUAUGGUUGAGCUUUAAGCCUACAGUUUCAGCAACAACACUUACAUAUGCACACACACACAUACACACAAAUGAAAUCUAAAUCUUUUCUGUGACUCUUAAAUGAGGAAAAUGAAAAUAUGAAAAACAGAACACCCCAAAUGGGUGUCACAUGAAAAUAAAAUGAGCUGAUGACUUUGCAGUAACUCAAGUUCUCUGUUUUCCAUGGCCUACCAGGAAUCUUUCCUGGCUUAAUAAUAAUGAUGCCUACCAGCUUGACCUGUAAAUUAAACUUACUCCACAAUCCUAGGCCUUCAUGAAUUUACACACAGAUUCUUUUUGAAGUUAAGUCUCCAGGAACUAGAAAUUAGAGUGGUAGGAGCAGUUUUCCAUAGAAACAAGCAUAUUGUCACAUAGAUGAAAGACUUGUUACUCUACUUUCAGUAACUCAUCUUUUCUUCCUAUACAUUACAAGGAGGGAAGAGAAUGCUCUAUCAUGUCUGGUGGCUGAGUAUAAAGUGCCAUGUCAGCAGUAUGAUUAUCAAAUGUGACAGUAGAGCUAUGGACCAUCACUUGAUUAUUUAGUAGUCCUGCUUGCAACAUAGCUUAGAAACAAGUUAAACAUGGAGGAUUACCUUCACAUCCAAGGAGAUGAGGUGUCUUUGGUCUCCUGAUUAAGAUUUAGUACUGUUUUCUAGGCACUCUAGUCAUCAUGCUACAGAUGGUGAUGUGCAUUAUGGAUGUUCAGCUAUCUUCAGGAUUGAAAGAUUGAAGAUGUUGUCAAGAGAAUCUUUUUAGAGUACCAGUUAAGUGGGAGGGAUAUGAGACGUGUGGAUGGUAGUAACAGAUUGUGCCUCUGGAUGUUGGUGGAGGCUUGGUGAGCCACAUCCUGACAAGCCUAUAGAGGUGUGGUGAUGGGCAGAGUAAUAGACAGUCUACCCCCCCCAAGCAAAUACAAGAAACAAUCACAGCCCUACAACAUGACCCAGAUAGGGCCAGCACUAUGCCUUCAUUUAUCACACAAGCUCCAACCACAGAGAGUCUGACAAGUUUGUGUUAUGAUGUUGGCUUGGCUUAGUAUCUUUAAUUAGCUUUGGAUUUUUUAGUGGUUUUGUCAUAUUACUGUCUGAGUUUUGUAGGUAGGAUUAAUUUGAAAAGAGUUUGAUAGUGUGGUCCUUGGGGUAGAAUUUACCUGUAAGCAUGUUGUUAGCCAACCUAUAGACUGUUAAUUACUUAAUAAUCUCAUUGGGAAAAACUAGUAGUUUUAUAUUCAUAUGACAUAAUUGGAGAAAGCAGAAUAGCUUCUGUGGCUUUUUGAAUACAAGGUUGAGAUGUCUGUUUUUUUUAUCCUUUCAUGUAGUGAAAUGAAAAGAUCCAAAUCUUCAGUCAAAAGUAGCAAAAUUAGAUACCAUUGCCUAAAAUGUGUUUUGCUGAGUUUCCAAAUGGAUGGAUGGUUAAAGGCAUUGGAAUUGGUCUGCAUUGGAAAGAUGAUAGUUUAGUUCUACUGUACCUGAAGCUAUCGAAAUUAGAUUUUGUUUUAUUCAAAGUUGGGUCCCAGAGGUUGAAGUUAGAGUUUGAAGUUGAAAUCAUUUUGAAGGCAGACUCGAUUAAGUAGUGAGGGUGAAGCCCUUACUCCCUUCUCAACAGACAUAAGGUCACCUGCAUGAGUUAGCAGGUGGGAGAACCAAACUGGAUCCCUGGGUAGGAGUACUCAGUAAAGCAACACACUGCUUGCUUAGAGAAGCAUCACUAUCCUCAUUGAGAAAAUGGGUGAUUCAGUGCCCCCAAAUUCAAUUCUGUGGGGAAAGUUAUUGAGCCAGUUGUCAGUGUUGUGUUCCAACUGGCAGACUCUAUUCUUUGUCAUCGUUGUUCUUGUUGUUGCUGUUGUUGUUUCGCAUUUCCACUCACACAGCCUUAUUGUCAUAAUUAAACUCUGAUUCAUUUUCUCUUUGGUGUUAGCAAACUCCAAUGACAGAAAUGGCAUCUGUGUAUUGAUAAUCAGCAUUUACCCUGACAGGGGACUAAUCAGUUAGGCUGGUCUCAGACAUUAAUCCCACCAUCUGAUAUUUCCAGCAAAAGAUAAAGUGUUAGUUCCCUUUCCAUUCCCCUCCUCAUGAAUCUAGGAGCCCUCUGUACGAAGAGCAUCACAUUUUCUCUGUAAGCUUUUAACAAAAAGAAAAUUGCAUUGUGGGGAGGGCAGAGGGGGGUGUGGGUGGGGGGUGGAGGGUGGGGAAGCCCUUGGAGGCCAGACUGCAGUUCAUGCCCCAUCCUGCUUCUGACAUAAACUGUUAAAGAAUCAUUCAUAGUGCUCACACCGGGUUAGGGGACGCUGAACUGCUUUUCAGAUCCAUGGUCAAUCAUUACUCUGAGAUUGGAGCUUUGCUGUUUCAUAAACUGUGCAACAAACUGUGUAGACUAAUGGUGUUUAAUAAAAAUCAUUUAAAAUUGCAA